GCUGCGGGAGUUCGGCCGGAAGCUCGCGCGGAGGCUCCGUCUCCGGCGGCUUCUGCAGGGAAGAUGGCGGGGCCCGAGCCACCGAUGCCGCUGUCCCGAGGCGGCCCAGGCUCCGCUUCGCUCUCUCCGUCCCGGGGCGACCGCACCCUCCUCGUCAGGCACCUGCCGGCCGAGCUGACGGCUGAGGAGAAGGAGGACUUACUGAAGUACUUCGGGGCGCAGUCGGUGCGCGUCCUGUCAGAUAAGGGGCGCCUGAAACAUACAGCAUUUGCUACUUUCCCUAAUGAAAAAGCAGCAAUAAAGGCACUGACAAGACUCCAUCAGCUGAAACUUCUAGGUCAUACUUUAGUUGUUGAAUUUGCAAAAGAGCAAGAUCGAGUUCAUUCCCCAUGUUCCACCUCAAAUACAGAGAAAAAGAAAAGGUUGGAUGACACUGUAGAAAAUGAUAAAGAGAAGAAAGAGCCUGACAUUUUAACAGUAGAAAAUGGAAUUGCGCCAAAUCAUGGGCUAACUUUUCCUCUGAAUUCAUGCCUUAAAUACAUGUAUCCACCACCAUCAAGCACAAUCCUUGCAAAUAUAGUAAAUGCUCUGGCUAGUGUCCCUAAAUUCUAUGUACAGGUGCUUCAUCUUAUGAAUAAAAUGAAUUUGCCCACACCCUUUGGACCGAUUACUGCACGACCUCCUAUGUAUGAGGACUAUAUGCCAUUGCAUGCACCCCUUCCACCUACAUCCCCUCAACCGCCUGAGGAGCCUCCCUUACCAGAUGAGGAUGAGGAUUUAUCUAGUAAAGAAUCAGAAUAUGAAAGCAGUGACGAGGAGGACCGACAGAGAAUGAACAAACUAAUGGAACUAGCAAAUCUUCAGCCCAAGAGACCCAAAACAGUAAAGCCACGCCACGUGAGAAAAAAGCAAAAGAUAAAGGAUAUGUUGACUAUACCUUCAUCAGCUUCACAUAGUUUGCAUCCUGUGCUGUUACCUUCGGAUGUAUUUGACCAGCCACAGUCUGUAGGUAAUAAAAAAAUUGAAUUCAAUAUAUCGACCAACAUGCCUGCAGCAUUUAACAAAGAUUUGGAGACGCAACCAAAUAAUGAAGAAGAAAAUUCUGAUUCACCAGAAACUGGACUUGAUUCAAAUACAGGAUUUGGCAAAAUCUUCCCUAAACCUAAUUUGAACAUCACAGAAGAGAUUACAGAAGACUCUGAUGAAAUGCCUUCACAAUUUAUUUCUAGAAAAGAGUUGGAAAAGGGUCGUAUUUCUAGAGAAGAAAUGGAAACACUUUCAGUUUUCAGAAGUUACGAACCUGGUGAACCAAACUGCAGAAUUUAUGUAAAGAAUUUAGCUAGAAAUGUUCAGGAAAAGGACCUUAAAUUUAUAUUUGGAAGAUACGUUGACUUUUCUUCAGAAACACAGCGGAUCAUGUUUGAUAUUCGCUUAAUGAAAGAAGGACGCAUGAAAGGACAAGCUUUCGUUGGACUUCCAAAUGAAAAAGCAGCGGCUAAAGCAUUGAAGGAAGCUAAUGGCUAUGUUCUUUUUGGAAAACCCAUGGUGGUUCAGUUUGCUCGAUCUGCUAGACCAAAACACGAUUCUAAAGAAGGAAAACGGAAGUGAUACAAACAAAUAAAGAAGCAUUCCUGCGUAAAUACUGCUGUAAUACUGUCAUACAAGUGUAUCCUUUCUUGUUGUAUCCUUUUGGGGCAGUGGUUUUAUUUGUUUCAUUUUGUUUUCUAGAAGUGCUUUGUCUACUUUCUAUCAUUUUUCCAGAUUAAGUACUUUUUAUACUUUAUUCAAAUGAAACAUUUCUCAAAUUAGUUUUGUUUCCUGGACAAAUAUUUUACACAUAUUUUAGAUUCCCUGGUUAAUUUUCUAUGCCAUCAUUUAAGUCAAUGAGUUUUUAUCAGGGAAAGUUAGUGAAUCAGGUCACUUGGUAUAUACAAUUACUUGACCACAGAGUGUGGUAAUAUUUCUUGUAUAUGUGGAUUUCUUCAACCUAAUUCAGGAACAUGCUUCCUACUUCGUGUUAUAUCCAAUUUAGGUGUUGCUCUAGUUGCAUUUUUGUUGCUGUGACAAAUACUAUGACAAAAAAAGCGUCUUAGUGAAGAAGGGAUUUAUUUGUCUUAGAAUUUAUAGUUCAUUGCUGUGGGGAGGUCAAGGCAUAAUUUAAAGCAUAAUUUCCACAGUUAAGAGCAGAGAGAAAAUAAAGCCAUAGCUUGCCUAGUCUGAGCUAGCUUUUUCCUGUUGUAUGCUGUUCUGGUCCCCUUUCCUAAGGAAUGGUGCUACCCACAGUUGGACUGAUCUCACAUUGGUGAAUAGUCAAGACCAACAUAGUCUAGAAAUUCUAGAUAUUGCUUUAAGACUUUUCCCAGGUAAUUCAGUGUUGUGUCAAGUUGAUAAUUAAAACUAUUCAGCACAGUUCUGUAUAACAUGUUGUAAAAUUUGACUGGGAAAUGAUCUUUUUCUUUUAAUAGCAAAUAUAUUGAAAAUGAACAAGAUUUUUAUAAAAAAUCCUCAAGAUACACUAAGAUUGAUUGAGUGCCUAUGACAAGUAGAAGGAUUUGCUUUACUCUUUGUCUUUUCAAAACAAGAAUACUCCAAAAACAAAAUUUAAAUACACACACACACACAUACACAAAGAAUAACAAAUAAGACAGGUUUGUCUAGUUAUAUAGCUAGUAAAUUAUCUUCCUAGAAAUAAGAACAAUGAUUCCAUCCUGUAUGAUUACUAGAGUCUCCCAGAACAUCCAACCUCAAAUUCUGCACAUUUAAAUUCUGAGAAUUUUAAAGUACAUAGUAAUGUAUUACCCAUUGAUGUUUGUUUUCUGUCUUAGAGAUUGAUUCUAGUGUAUAGAGAACCACCAAGGAAGAUAGUCUAUGUACAGAUAUUUCUAGAGUCUAGAUUUUAUCUCAGUGCUAAUAAAUCAGAAUCAGUGGAAUAAUGUCUUACAAUAUAAAUUGAGUUUCCCUUAGUAAUAGAAAGGAACACUGACAAUUUUUUUUCUUUAGGAAAAUAAAAAUCCUCAAGAUUUUGUGGGAAUUUUUGCUAUAAUAAGUGCUUUAAAACUACUCAUAAUUCUGUUAUCGUCACCCUAAGAGUAGAAGCUUACCAAAAUUGAAAUGUAGUCUCUUCAUAUUCACAAUUGAAAUAUUUUAGUUUUUAGUAUUAUAAGUAGCCUUUCUUUACAUAUAUCUUGUACUGACAUGAUUCACUAAUUUUCUGCAAAUAAAUAUUUGGGCUUUUAAAAGUUAACUGAAUUAUUAUGAUUAUUUUUAAUGGGCCUUUGUGGUGUUUUAGGUUCCUUCUGAAUUCUGUAUCUUUCAAGUACUGUGGAACUUUGAGAGAAGAAAUUGACCCUCUGGACUUUGGAACUGUGCGUAACAACUUUGGAAGCAUUAAAAAAUUACGUAUCUUCAAAUUAGUGUUUGGAGAUACAUUGUAAUGGCUUAUCACAUAUAUAAUAAAUUAUUUUUCUCUCAACAGUGUCUAUACUUUUUCAUUACUUGGUUUAUAUAUCUAAGGAAGUGUAACUUAAUAAAUAUGAACUCUUAUUAAUAAUUUUAUACUUUUUUUUACAUUUGUAUAAUUUUUAUACAUUUUUCUUUAUGAUACUCUUUAUUUUCUGUUCUUACCUAUGUAAAUAUAUAGGUCCAUUAAGCAUUUUUUAC